AUGGCGACCGCGCUCAUCGCGCUUCUAGUUGCGCCGGUGCUCUUCUUCGCACUAUGGCACCUGACCACGAGCUUUGCGCCGCCAGCACCAGCGACUCUACGGAAUAAGCGUAUCAUACUCCUGAUUGCGCACCCUGAUGACGAGUCCAUGUUCUUCUCGCCCACACUUCAGGCCCUCACCAGUCCUUCACUCGAGAACCACGUCAAGAUCCUGUGUCUCUCGACUGGUAAUGCCGACGGGCUAGGAGACACGCGCCGGAAAGAGCUUGAGGCCGCAGCAGUCACUCUCGGAAUCCGAAAACGCGAAGAUGUAUUCAUCUUGGAUGAUGAGAAGCGCUUCAAGGACGGCAUGGACCAAAAGUGGUCACCCGACGACAUCUCUCGUGUAUUGGCGAGUGCGUUUGCGCCGCAGCUGAACGGUCCGCCACCCUCACUGACCCCUCCGGCGCUUGAAAAGAACGAUAAACCGAGCAAAUCAGACAAGAAGACGUCUUCCAAGUCUGUCAAGAAGAGCAGCAAGUCUUCCACGCCGAGUCCGGUACCCACUACUCCUCCUCCACCACCAGCCGUCCCGGCUGGGCCGCGAGCAACGAUCGACGUCCUCGUCACCUUUGACAAUCAAGGCAUAUCAUCGCAUCCGAAUCACAUCGCUCUAUACAACGGCGCACGCACGUUCUUGUCCAAUCUCAUGCGCGGCCACUCUGGCUAUGCGUGCCCCGUAAAUCUGUACACCCUUACCACCGUCAAUAUUGCACGGAAAUACAGCUUCAUCUUCGACACAAUCCCCACUAUGCUCCAAGGCUUGAUUAGUGGCGGUAGCAAGAAGAUCGGCGACAAGGUGCUCUUCAACAGUGACAUGUCGAGGUACUGGAAGGCGCGAGAUGCAAUGAUCUCAGGUCACAAAAGUCAGAUGGUCUGGUUCAGGUGGGGAUGGAUCAGUAUGGGGCGGUACAUGGUGGUCAACGACCUGAAGAGGGAGACGAUCGCUGGUGUCGCUUAG